AAAUGUCGUGUUCAUACAAGCGAGUUCGUCUUUUGUGAACAAACUCUGAGAAAAUGGAGGAAACUGUUAUGGAAUCAGACUGUGUGGAAAUGUCUGGACCGGGAACGCAACAGGAGGUCGCUGAUGCUUGGGAAGCCGUCACUACAGCCCUGGUGUCUCCUGGCUGCUCAGGCUCGGAACAGAGCCUCUCCAACUCUCUGGCCCUGCUGUGCAGUCAGGGUCUGGGUCGGCUGCUAGGCGCCUGGCUGCUGGAGUCUCUACAGACACGUCUGUCCUAUUCGGUGGUUCCUGAGUUCUGGGCUGGACUGAAGCAGCCUGAAAACGAGCUGGAGGAGAAAGACCGGGCCUUGGUUCUGCUCACCACCUUCAGGACUCUGCUGGAGUGCCUGGAACCUUUCCUGGGUGGUUUGGAGAAGCUGGGGACGUGGCAGGAUGAGGGCCGUGGGGGUCUCUGUGGUCCGGGGCCCCGGGGCCUCCAGGACCGAGCCUUCACAACCAUCAGGGCCCUCCUCCUCUUCUCACCGUCCCCGGUCCUCCAGGAGCGAGUGCUGGAGUUCUACAGCAGGACCUUCACCGUGUACAUGAACCAGGAGGGCGGAGACGAGGAUGGUGCAGAGGCCCCAGAGGGCCCUGAAGGAGGGUCCUGCCCAGGCUGUGAGGUCCCGACACCUCAGUGCUGGUGUCAGGAGGCUCUGGGACAUCUGCAGGAGCUCAGCCACAUACUGUCCAGGCUGCAACUGCUGGAGUGGGUCAGCUCCGAGGCUGUCACCUCCAUCCUCCACAAGCUCAUCGAGCAGCGAAUGGAGCAGCACUGCCGGGGCGAGUAUGAGCGCUCCUUCCUGCUCGAGUUCCAGGAGUGGUUGGAGCUGGUGCUCGGCUGGCUGAGCAAAGUGUUUGCCAGCGAGGCAGACAGAGACGGUCCGGUCCCGGCAGCUCCUAGUGGUCCCGGUGUCCAGACCGGCCCGGCUGCCAGCUCGGUCCUGAAGCAGUGGAGAUGUCACAUGCAUCAGUUCUUCUGCAGGAUCUACGUCAACAUGAGGAUCGAAGAACUGUUCAGCAUCAUCAGAGAUUUCCCAGAAUCCAAAGCUGCAAUAGAGGAUCUGAAGUUUUGUCUGGAGAGAACCAACCAGAGACAGCAGCUCCUCACUUCACUCAAAUCUGCUUUUGAAAGUCGACUGCUGCAUCCUGGUGUUCACACUUCUGACAUCCUCACCGUUUACAUCUCGGCCAUCAAAGCCCUCAGAGAACUGGACCCAUCGAUGGUCAUCCUGCAGGUCGCCUGCCAGCCCAUCCGCAAAUACCUCAGGACUCGUGAGGACACGGUGAGGCAGAUCGUGGCCGGUCUAACUGGAGAUGCUGAGGGCUGCACUGACUUGGCCUCUGAGCUGUCCAGAGGAGACCCGGUGACUCUGGAGAUGCAGGAUAGCGACGAAGAAGGCAACGACCCCGAGGACUGGACUCCGGACCCGACCGACGCCGUGCCUGAUAAAAUGGGCUCAAAGCGGCGCUCGUCGGACAUCAUCAGCCUGCUGGUCAGCAUCUACGGCAGCAAGGACAUCUUCAUAGACGAGUACAGAGCCGUGCUGGCCGACCGCCUGCUGCACCAACUCAACUACAACACUGCCAGGGAGAUUCGUAACGUGGAGCUGCUCAAGCUGCGGUUCGGCGAGUCUCACAUGCAUUACUGCGAGGUCAUGCUGAAGGACAUGGCCGACUCUCGCAGGAUCAACAGUAACAUCCGCGAGGAAGAGUCGAGGCUGAGCGAGGACGAGCAGCCGCCGCUGUCGCUGUCCGCCAUCAUCCUGUCGUCCGAGUUCUGGCCUCCGCUGAAGGAGGAGAAGCUGGAGCUGCCGCCGGUGGUCUGCCAGGCCAUGGAGGCCUAUACCCACCGUUACGAGAAGCUCAAGGCCAUGAGGACGCUGAGCUGGAAGCCUCAUCUGGGCUCCGUCACUCUGGACGUGGAGCUGGAGGACCGAACGCUGACCCACCUGACUGUGUCCCCGAUCCACGCCGCCAUCAUCCUGCACUUCCAGGACAAAAGCUGCUGGACUCUGGAGGAGCUCAGCCUGAAGCUCGGAGCCCCAAAGGAGCUUCUGCACAGGAAGUUGGCGCUGUGGCAGCAACACGGCGUCCUGAGGGAGGAGGCCGGUGGACGCUACUACGUGGUGGAGACGGGAUCGUCCAAAGAGAAGCUGGAGAGAGGAGUGAUGCUGAUCGACAGCGACGAGGAGAGAGACUCCAACACUACCACCCAGUCCGAGCAGAGGGAGGAGAAGCUACAGCUGUUCUGGGCCUACAUCCAGGCGAUGCUCACCAACCUGGACAGCAUGACGCUGGACCGCAUCCACUCGAUGCUGCGGAUGUUCGUCGCCACGGGACCCGUCGUCACGGAGAUGGACGUCAACGAGCUGGAGGCCUUUCUGCAGAAGAAGGUCCGCGAGCAUCAGCUGAUGGUGUCGGCCGGCGUCUACAGACUCCCCAAGUCCAACUGAUGGUGUCACGCUGCAUUCAAGCACACUGGGAAAGAUGAAUUUGACUCUAUAAACACCUGAGAAAAUAUCGGCCCCUGAAGAGAGGAAUCGAUGAAUACAGCGAGUUUUUCUGUGACGGGUUUGUUUCAGGACAUUGAAGCUGGACGUUGAAAAAGUUCACGUGUUGAUUCAUUCUAAUUAUAAAAAGUUUUUUUGAUUUCU